AUGCAAACUCCAUUUUCUAAUCACAUCAUGGAUAAACUCUUAUUCAAUUUUAGCAUUGCAUACUUUCUCUUUCUUUCUCUCUUGUCAGUGCAUGCCAAUCAAUUAUCAUGCACUCAAACACCAUACCCUCUUGUCUGUAACCAUUAUAUUGGUACCACCACUACAAAUACAUUAUCAACCAUUGAUUCUUCUUCAUUCCAUGAUAUUGCCAUUAAGGUUACCAUGGACCAAGCUAUUCAAGCAUACAAACUUGUGUCAACCAUGGAUUUGAAUCAUUUCAAAGACAGUAGAGCCAAGUCUGCAUGGGAAGAUUGCCUAGAGCUUUAUGAGGAUACAAUUUAUCAACUUAAUCGCUCCAUUAACUCAAACAAUUUAAAUGACAAAUUAACUUGGCAAAGUGCUUCCGUUACCAAUCAUCAAACUUGCCUAAAUGGUUUCAUUGAUUUCAAUCUUCCCUCCCACUUAAACUACUUCCCUUCCAUGUUAACCAACUUUACUAAACUGCUUAGCAAUUCAUUGUCCAUUACCAACACUUUAGCAUCUUCAUUAUUGUCGUCCUCGUUGCCAAAUACUAAACAAAAUGGAGGAAGAAGAUUGUUAUCAGAUAGAUUUCCACAUUGGCUAUCAGGUUCAGAUAGAAAACUUCUACAGACGACACCAAGCGCUGAUAUUGUGGUGGCACAAGAUGGAAGCGGGAACUAUAAGACAAUCUCAGAGGGCGUAGCAGCUGCCAAGGGAAGUGGAAAAGGAAGAGUAGUAAUUCAUGUGAAAGCAGGUGUAUAUAAAGAGAACAUUGAUAUAAAGAAGACAGUGAAGAACAUAAUGAUAUUCGGAGAUGGAAUGGAUUCCACAAUUGUCAGCGGUAAUCAUAACGCUGAAGAUGGUUCUACUACCUUCCGUUCAGCUACUUUUGCUGUUAUGGGAGAUGGUUUCAUAGCAAAAGACAUGACCUUCGAGAACACUGCCGGACCACAAAAACACCAAGCGGUGGCUCUCCGUUCCGGUGCCGAUCACUCCGUUUUCUACCGUUGCUCCUUCAAAAGCUACCAAGACACUUUGUACGUGUAUGCCAACCGUCAAUUCUACCGUGACUGUGACAUCUACGGAACAGUCGAUUUCAUCUUCGGGGACGCCGUAACCGUUCUUCAAAACUGCAACAUCUUUGUCAGAAAACCGAUGAGCAACCAACAGAACAGCAUAACGGCACAGGCAAGAAAAGAUCCAAACGAGAAUACCGGAAUAGUGAUCCAUAACUGCCGUAUAACCGCGGCAGGUGAUUUGAAACCAUAUCAAAAUUCAGUGAAAAGUUAUCUUGGUAGACCAUGGCAGAAGUAUUCAAGAACGGUAGUUAUGAAAAGUAACAUUGACGGUGUUAUAAACUCUCAAGGUUGGGCUCCAUGGAGUGGUGGAUUUGCUUUGAGCACACUUUACUAUGGUGAAUAUAUGAAUAUCGGUGACGGUGCUAAUACAGAAGGGAGGGUGAAUUGGCCUGGUUUUCAUGUAAUUACAAAUCCUUCAGAAGCAGUUAAAUUUUCGGUUGGUAACUUCUUGGCUGGUGAGUCAUGGAUAUCUGGUAGUGGUGUGCCAUUUGAUGCAGGUCUGUGA